AUGCCCGGCAUGCCUCACUCAUCGCAUGCUACCGGCCUCGGCGCCCGGACCAUUAGUCCUACUGACACCCGGCGAAUGAAGCGUCUCUCGACGCAUCAGCCUCAGAGCCUAAACCACAUCGCCGAUGCACCCCCUCCGCCGCCUCUGGAGCCGCGCGAGCACUCGAGAUCGCCCUCCAUGAUCCCCCGAAAGGCUUCGGCCACUCCGUCAUCGUCGCGAACGACGCCCGAUAUCAAUAGAAAGUCGUACAGCUCCGGCCUGUCGAUUGGUUCAUCGAACAGCUUCAACACUGUCAGGACAUCGACUGGCUCGAUUCAGCCACGCAUCCCACAGUCGGGGUCUACAUCACGCCUGCCAGCACCCAAGUCAUUGACGUCUCACUCUCACGGCAACAAUGCCGGUGAGGAUGCUGAAGACGUGCCCCCGGUUCCCGCCAUCCCGAAAGCGUACGAGUCCCCCAAAGAAUCAACCGUCGACAUGUCCUUCAUGGACAAGAGAAGGGCCAAUCUGGCAGCCGAUGCCAGCAGUAUUCAUAGCAACUCUACUGGCAGCUUCUCUAUUCCCCCUGCGCUGGAGCCCAUCAACAAGGUAGGACGGAAAGCCAGCACACGAAAAUCGACGGCUGCCAUACCCGUCGAGGGAGACAAAAAGGCGAAUCCACCCGUCACCAAGAGGAAUCCCCCGGGCAUGCGCCUUCCGCCCAUCACGGUCGGCCCUCUGAAUCCUUCCACUGCCGCUAAAGUAGCAGCUCUGCAGGCGGGGCAUUCCGACAGGAAUCUGAGCCCUCCCCCCUCGCGCAUCCUCGCCAAGACGCCAUCGACGCCCAUGACGGCCUCGAAGAGCAGCUUCUUCUCGCGCAACCACAAUGACGAGAAGAUUGAUCUCCCGAACCUUCGCAGCAGUAGCACGGUGAAUCACAGCCGACUCGACAGUGCGUCCGGUGCCGAUGGAGGGAGCUCUUCCGAGUCUCUGAUGGGCAUGACCAAGAAGACGCGUCGCAAGCCUAGCAUGUCGCCGUUCUUGUCAUCGUCUGUGCCCAAGAACGACCCCGACGCUGCGUUCAUCACGAGACCAAAGACGGGCGAUAUCGGCAACCUCACUGAACCCAUUCCUGAGGCGAGCCCCCAGCGCAAACCUUCGGGCCCACGCCCGCAAAAGCCAGUCAAGGCGGCCAAGCCUAAGUCACCCGUACCAAGUUCCGACCCCGAGGAACCUCCCACACCUUCCUCCAUGAGCUCGCUCCGCCGGAAACUCAGUCUAUCGUGGAAGCGAAGUGCCUCCAAGAACGGGACCGCCCAACCUGCAGCUACGAUGGCCAAGCCGACAGAGCCAAGCGUGCGACAAGACAGCAUGCCCCCGCCGCGGAUCCCCAUCUCUGCCACUGUCGGCAACCUCGGCAGCGUCGUCAACACGUCGAGCCCCAACGUCGGAACCCCCAAGUCCACUGGCACCUACCUCGAAAGCCGGCGUCGGAAGAGCUCAGCAUCUAGCCUGCAGACUUUUGGGCACGACCGGACCAAGAGCGACAACUGGGCCCAGACUGGCACGAGCACCCCUAGGAAGGAAUCGUCCAGCGAUACGCCGAAAGAACGUACCCAACCAAUGCCUCGCAAUGCGUCGGUAAUGCAGAAGAUCCUCAGGCCCAAGGCUUCUGCCGCCACCAUGCGGGCCAACGAUCCAUGGACCGCAGAUCUCGACAAGGACGACUUGAUCGCAGAAGAGGAAAUUCGAAAGUUGGGUUCGAGGAGGAAGGAAACCGAGAUUGCCGCCCGGACGCUUGACGCACUCAAGAAGCGCGCCACGCCCAAGGAGAGGGUCGGGCCUCAUGAGGCCAUCAGGAUAGCCAUGCUGAAUCUCUAUGAGCGGGGUGAGAUAAUUGACUACAGCGAUGUUUACUUUUGCGGGACGCAGAACGCGCAGAAAGUGGUGGGCGACCUGCAGUCCGACAAGCCCAACUUUGGCUAUGACGACGAACGGGGCGAUUACACCAUUGUCCCUGGCGACCACCUCGCAUUCCGGUACGAGAUCAUUGAUGUCCUGGGCAAGGGAAGUUUCGGACAGGUCGUCAGGUGUAUUGACCACAAGACGGGUGUUCUGGUGGCCGUCAAGAUCAUCCGCAACAAGAAGAGGUUCCAUCAACAAGCUCUCGUCGAAGUUAACAUACUGCAAAAGCUUCGCGAAUGGGACCCCAAGAACAAGCACAGCAUGGUCAACUUUACCCACAGCUUCUACUUCCGAGGACACCUCUGCAUCUCCACCGAGCUCUUGGACAUGAACCUCUAUGAGUUCAUCAAGGUCAAUGCCUUCCGCGGCUUCUCUCUCAAGAUGAUCCGGCGCUUCACCAAACAGAUGCUGAGCUCUCUGGUCAUGCUGAAGCAGCACAAGGUCAUCCACUGCGACUUGAAGCCCGAGAACAUCCUCCUGCGUCACCCUCUCCACACGGAACUCAAGGUCAUCGAUUUCGGCUCCAGCUGUUUCGAAAACGAAAAGGUCUACACCUACAUCCAGUCGCGCUUCUACCGAUCCCCCGAGGUCAUUCUCGGCAUGACAUACGGCAUGCCCAUCGACAUGUGGAGCGUCGGCUGUAUUCUGGCGGAGCUGUACACUGGUGUUCCCAUCUUCCCCGGUGAGAACGAGCAAGAACAACUGGCAUGCAUCAUGGAAGUGUUUGGCCCACCAGAGAAGCACCUGAUCGAGAAGAGCACCAGGAAGAAGUUGUUCUUUGACUCCAUGGGCAAGCCUCGCCUCACGGUGUCGUCCAAGGGCCGGAGACGCCGUCCCUCGUCAAAGACGCUGCAACAAGCCAUCAAGUGCGACGACGAACCGUUCCUCGACUUUUUGACAAGGUGUCUGCGGUGGGAUCCUGACCGUCGCUUGAAACCUGAAGACGCCAUCUAUCACGAGUUCAUCACGGGCAGGAAGGCUACCGCACCGGCCCCACGGAUACCCGCGCGCGACGCCUCUCCGGCCAAGCGCCACAACACGGCAUCGGCCCCUAGGCCGCUUCCCGAGCCUCCUGGACUCGGCAUCAAAGGCGGACCGACGCUGCGGGCUCGUGAGGCCACUGGUGUCAGCCCGCACAAGCCCGUGUCAGGCCCGGUUCGCCGGACCUCUGGGGCUACAGGCGCCGUGCAUGUGGCGGCUAUCAAGCGGACGAGCACCGGCACGGGGAGCAUAUCGACUGGCGCGAGCAACCUGCCGAGGGCGGCAGGAAGGAGCGUCAGUGCCAAGCAGGAUCUCGCCUCCGCCGGAGCCGCUGCAGCCAUGACGCGAAGAUAG